CCCAUCACAAACAAAAUCUCGUAACUUUAUCGGCAUGAAUUAAUUUAUUCUAUUAUUUGUUGAAACAAUCAACUAAUCAAAUCUUUUCUACAAAUCGUUUCACAGUACAUAAUGCAAGGUUUAUGUAAAUGGACAUUAAAUUUAGCGUCCAAAAGUCGCAAGAGGCUGUUGAAGCAAGUUUUAUGUGAAAACCGGUGUAAAUGGUUGUCCACGGUGGAAAAUCCGCCCGGAAUAAAGAAUGUUCCUCAGUUUUCUAUACCGAAAGUUGUCGUUGGGCAAGCAACAUGUCACACUCACCCUCACCUCGUGCCGCCGGGCCAGCUGACGUGUGGUAUCACUCAGAUGGAGUACAGAGAACGGAGAGACACACUUGUAAACAAAUUAAUGGAAGAAGUGGGAAAUGUUCAUAAGGCCCACAUUAUUGUUAUACCUGCGGCUCGCAAACAGUAUAUGUCCGAUAUAAUACCAUAUGUGUUCAGACAAAAUUCAGACUUCUACUAUUUAACUGGGUGCCUGGAACCAUCUGCAAUACUUGUGUUGGUGAAGCCAGCACAAACAAACAAUUAUAAGAGUAUUCUAUUUGUUCAUGACAAGGACAGUCAUGCAGAGCUAUGGGACGGUCCACGUACGGGCUGUAAUGCCGCCGUUCAACUGUUUGCUGUGGACGAAUCACAGCCCGUUGAGAAUUUCGAGAAUUUCCUUGUCAAAAUAUUUAAUUCAUCAAAACCAUCAGUCCUGUGGUACGACAACAAGAGUCAGAUCAACUCUGACUUAAACAGCACUGUCUCCAGUGUCGUCCGUAACAACGGCCAAGUGUCAUUGUCAGACCCGCAACGAACUUUGCACUUCCUCAGAGUGAUCAAGUCACCGGCUGAAAUUGAGCUGUUAAAGGAAACUUGCUACAUCGGCUCCCAGUCUAUAAAUAUGGCGAUGGCCUGCACUAAACCUGGCAUUUCGGAGCACAUGGUGAACGCAGUGCUGGAGUACGCGUGUCGUCAGGGCGGGGCGGAGCACUUGGCGUUCCCGCCGGUGGUGGCGGGCGGCGCUCGGGCCACGCACAUACACUACAUCGCCAACAAUCAGAUACUGGAACAGACGGACAUGCUGCUCGUCGACUCGGGAAGCCAACGCUGGUUAUAUAACUCUGAUAUAUCGCGCACAUGGCCAGUCUCCGGCACGUUCUCCAAACACCAUCGUGUACUCUACGAGAUCGUGCUUUCUGUACAAAAGCGUCUGAUUGAGUUACUUGGCGAGCACCGACCAGCGCUGGACCAGUUGUUCGACAGUAUGUGUCGACUGCUCGGUACAUAUUUGCAACAAGAGGGCAUCCUACCAAAGAAUAUAGACGGAAAUGAACUCAUUGGUAAAGCGUACCGUCUGUGCCCGCACCACGUGUCGCACUACCUCGGGCUGGACGUGCACGACACGCCGCUCGUGCGGCGCGGGGCGGCCGUCCGGCCCGGCAUGCUGGUCACAGUCGAGCCCGGUAUCUACAUCCGUGAGGACGAGGAAAUGGUCCCGCCGGAGUUCCGCGGUGUGGGCAUCCGGGUUGAGGACGACGUGCUAAUCACCGAGGGGGACCCUCUCGUGCUGACCGAAGCUUGCGUGAAGGAAGUACAUGACAUUGAGGCAAUUGUUGGCAAACAUUCAGUAUAGAGUCUGUUUGUAUAUUUGUCGCACCUUUAGAAUCGCUGUAAAUGUACCUUACGUUGUUUAAUUCCGCCACCAUUAGCAUGUGUGAGGCCACAUAUACACCUUUCAGCCGUUAUUGAGUCAACACCCAUAUUGCGACACGUGUUUCCCCUCUGAACGAGGCAGCAUCAGAAAUUAGAGAUCGGAUAUAACCUAUAAUAACCCAGCAAACGACGACUGCAACUGACGUUUUCGGUUGCACGGCCGAAUUAAUGUAAUAUAAAUAGAUUUCGUAAUGAAAUAGACUUCAUCAAUAUUACACCGAUAUCAAUAAAAUAUAUAACUCUAUUUAUUAUAACAUAAUAUGUGACAUUUACAGUAUCGAUCUUACACAUGUUAGGUACGAAUGUUAUUGAGUUAUUAUAAAAAAAAUGCUGAAUUGAAGGAACAAACGGGUUGUUUGAUUCAAGUCAGUUCAAAUCUAAAGGUGCAUUGACUUGUUUGGUAAACAAUAUGUACUAUUCUAAUUGAAGUUGACAAUUAAAAUUUAAAUAGCCAAUAAUAGAAAUUAAUAAUAUUUAAAACAUAUUCAAUUUAUUAAUUUAUAUUAAUAUCAUUACAUUUUUACUAAAAUGACCAGUCAAUAUUGUUUGCUAUGCAGGACGAAUUAUAGACUUAUUGGGUACUUUUUAUAAAAAUGAGGGCAAAUAGAGCGCCAUCUGUGAUGAAAAGGGUUCUCAAUUGUUCCUAGUGUUUGUUAGAUUUAUAUUAUAGUUAUUUGAGAUCUUGUAAUCAGUAUUUACAACAAUUGUAGCACAAUUUGGUAUCUUUAUAAUAAAGAACAAAGAUAAUUCAGAAAAUCGUAUCAGAUAUCUUAGUCCUUCGGAAUUGCGACGCAUGAGUACCAAGACCGUCAAAUAUCUCUGGUACUGUUCAUGUAUAUAUGUACAUAGGAGACGGUUGCCAACUUGACAAUUAUGAUCAGUUAGGCCGUCAGCUUGUUUGCCAUUUCAAUUACAUUAAAAUAAAAAGAAAAAUAUAGACUCUGGCAUCCUCAUCAUU